AUGUCGGUUGUAUACAUUCAAGAUGCCGCUGGUAAAAACAUUACCGUACAAGAUGUGGAUGGAAGACUUUAUCCUAGCUUUAAUCCGGAUGUCAUCAGAGGGGUGUCAUCAUUAAAACUUAGGGAUGAUGACGUCAUACUAUGUUCUUUUCCUAAAUCAGGAACACAUUGGUCGUUUGAGAUUUGUCGGUUAUUGCUAAAUGGUAGACUUGAUAUUGACAUAAUACCGAAAGGAUGUCUGUUUGCUGAUUCGGUACCUGAAUCUGAGUUGAAUGAAGUAGACUCACCCAGAAUUAUCAACACCCACGUCAGAUUUGAUAGACUCCCGUCUGAUGUGAAGUCAAAGAAACCAAAGAUAGUAUAUAUUAGAAGAAAUCCUAAAGAUGUUGCUGUGUCUUUCUACCAUCAUACACGAAAGCUGGAACACUAUCAUUAUGAUGGAAAAUUUAAGGAUUAUCUCCCUUUGUUUUGUGACGGAGUCGCAUAUGGAUCCUGGUUUGAAUAUGUAUUAGAAUGGGAAAAGAUCAUAGCUGAUAAUAAAGAGUUAUCUAUUCUUGAAUUAACAUUUGAAGACCUUAAAGAGGAUCCUAUAAGGGAAAUUAGAAGGAUGUCAGACUUUUUAGGAGUUCAAAGAAACGAGGAUUUAAUCGAAGAAGUAAAAGAUUUUUGUAAUUUUCCCACCAUGAAAGACAGAUUUAAAGAUAAAAUGGAGAGGCAUAAUAUAUACUACAGAAAAGGUGAAGUAGGCGACUGGAAGAAUUGGUUUACUGUAGCACAGAAUGAAUGGUUUGAUCAACUCUACAGGGAGAAAAUGGCAGAUUCCAAAUUGAAAUUCAAAUAUACAUUAAAUCAAGAUUAGGACAUGUUUCAUUUAUUUAUUUAUUUCCUUGUUCCUUGAUAAUUCUUUAUCAUUAUCGUUAGUUAAUUGUGUUGUAUGUUCAAUUAAGCUACAAGUAUUGAUAGGUGUCCCUUGUCCGGCCAGUUGUUCCGAAAUUUCGCUGAAACUUGAUAAACUGAGGAGCCUAUGGAUAGAGUAGGUUAGGGGCGCAUAAAAAGUUAAUGUUCUCACGAUGUUUGGGAGCCCUUUCAGUCAUAAGUAUAACAAAUAACAAAAUGUUAUACACAAUUGGAAUUAUUUCUUUAUAUAUUCAGUCUCUGGAGGGGUUUGGUACUAAGGAGAAUGGGCUUACAUGUACAAAUCAUCAUUUACAGCCACUUUUUCCAAACUUUUCUCACGUCCGGGAUGAGAGAACCACCGUGGACCACCGCUAGAUUGUGGGACCCUCCGUUUCCAGUCUAUCACUGCUGGAAACUACGGUUCGCAUCACACGUAGUAGUCAUGGCGCUUGUACAGGAACUUUGCACUUGAUGACCCCUUGCACUGUAGGACCCUUGACAUAGUUCGUCGUGACCUUGUACUGGAUGACCUCUGUGACCUAGUUCGCGAUGACCUUACACUUGAUGACCCCGAUGA